CAGGCACCGAGGCUUCUUUGCGCCACGCGUUCACAACUUUCGCGGACCUGUCUCUCAGUCCGACUGCAUGCGCAUGCUCUCAUGGGAAGGUUGAUUCUCCGGUAAUUCCUCGACAUGGCGACGGGUCUGGCUCGACCGUCAGCAGCGUACGACGGCCUCCGGUACAUCGCGUCCCUGGAGAUGGCCAGGCGCUUGCGGUACUCGUGGUCCCAAGUAUAAAGCCAGCUGAGCUCAACGCAUGGCACGCUGUUCGCUCUUCGUAUCAUCGUCCCGUGGCGCAACAUGGCGAUACGCACCUUCGCUUUCGCAUCCCUCCUCUUGCUGUGGUCCGGCCUGGUCGCCGGGCUGACCUCCACCUUGCAGCAGGUCACCAACUUCGGGACGAAUCCUACGAAUGUGGGCAUGUAUGUUUACAAGCCGACGACCGUGUCGUCCUCGCCUGCGCUCAUCGUCGCGAUUCACUACUGCACUGGCACGGCGCAGGCGUACUUCAACGGGUCGCCGUACGCGCAGCUGGCGGAUCAGUACGGGUUCAUUGUGAUCUAUCCGAGCUCGCCGAACUCGGGAACGUGCUGGGAUGUCAGUUCGAAGAAGUCGCUGACGCACGAUGGGGGAGGCGAUAGCACCGGCAUCGCGAGCAUGGUCGCGUACGCGAAGACGCAGUACGGAGUGAACCCAGACCAGGUCUUCGUUACUGGAUCUUCGUCUGGAGGCAUGAUGACGAAUGUCCUUGCUGCCACCUACCCGGACGUCUUCAAGGCUGGUAUCGUAUACUCCGGCGUUGGCGCAGGCUGUUUCGUCUCCGCAUCCGGUGGCGUCGACGCCUGGAACUCGACAUGCUCGUCUGGUCAAUCCACCGCUUCUGCGGCCCAAUGGGCAGCUGUCGUUCACGACAUGUACCCCGGCUACACCGGCGCCUACCCGCGCAUGCAAGAGUACCACGGCACUGCUGACAGUACGCUCAACUACGCCAACCUCGCUGAGGAGGUCAAGCAGUGGGCAGGCGUGCACGGUUACGACGCGUCCGCGCCAACGCAAGUGCUGCAGAACACGCCGCUUUCCGGUUACACAAAGUCUAUUUACGGGCCAAAUCUCCAAGGCAUAUCAGCUGCGGGUGUGGGGCAUACGGUGCCGAUUCAGGGAACGGAGGAUCUCAAGUGGUUCGGGAUCAUUGGGGGUUCCGGGACGACGGCACCGUCGGGCCCUACGACGACUGCUCCCGGAUCUACGACGACGGCACCUGCAUCGACUACCUCUUCGGCUGCCGGUGCUACACAGACAAGAUGGGGACAGUGCGGUGGUACUGGGUACAAUGGUCCCACCACCUGUGCAUCUGGGUUGACUUGCGUCGCUGUCUCGCCUCCGUACUACUAUCAGUGUCAGUGAAUGGGAAAUAAAGGAUAAAGGGAAUCAUCGGGGUUAUGGGCUCGGUCAGGGCGCGCUGCUUAGCCCUGUUGCGCGGGCGCCGACGGCGUAACUUGUAUCGCUCUUGAGAUGCUUUUGGACUCUGCAAUCGAAUGGAAAGUGCAUCACCGAAAACAGUCUCAUCUGGCAGGCUGACAAGUGCCUUCGGGGAGCCGUCUUCCCUCCUCCGAUUUGGCAAUGCCUCAUUUGCGAUACGGAUCACGACUUCAGUACCCAGGAACCGAGACUCCUCGACACAAGACGUCGUGUAUGACCCG